GUUUUUCUAUAAGAAGAUCCCUGUGGAGUUCAACACUCAAUUAUUUGUUUGCUCGAACCAUUUCACCAAAGACAGUUUUCAAAACCUUGGACAAUUUAAAACGUGAUUUGCUAAACUGCUAUUGCUGAAAAAAUGGGCUGUUCCAACUGUUUGUUCAUCACAACCGCAAGCUGCAUACAGGCAACAGUGCUAUGCCAAAGUGUGGCAGUAGGCACAAGUGCUCCCUCAGUCUAUGGGCCAUUAUCUUCAACUCCUUUGAAGGGUGUGAGGCCAGCAAAGAGACCUCGCCUUGAAUUUGAGGAGGAGGUGGAGGAUGUUUCCUAUGCUGGCACUGAGCCUCAAGAUUCCACAUUUGAUCCUGCACAGUCAGUUACAACGGAGACGGAAUCAUCUCAGCUUUUUACAUCACUGGUUUCAUUGUAUGGUGAUGCAAAAUACAUUGUUUUUGAGCAAUGCCCCCUCAGCCUGUUUGAGACUUGCCCUGUGUGCACAAGGGUCUGUAAUGUCCACCCAUGCAGAAAAGGGUCCUUCCUAGCUGUUGACCAACUAUGCCCUCACUGCCAGUUCUUCAGACAGUGGAAGAGUCAGCCAGUUAUUGGGAGCACCCCUGUGGGCAACCUUCAGCAGUCUGCUGCCAUUUACUUUUGUGGAGCUUCAUUUUCAAAGAUGAAAAAGAUUUUUGAGGCAAUGCAGCUGAGAACACAUACUUAUGAUGCCUUCAGAAGACAUGCCAGAACAUACCUGGAACCAGCUAUAAUCCACAGCUGGACUGAAUGGCAAACACAAAAGCUUCAAAUGCUCAGUGUGGCAAACAGUGUCAUUCUCGGGGGUGAUAUGCGAGCAGACUCACCAAGACAUUCUGCAAAGUAUGGGAGCUAUACAACGAUGGAUGUGCAGACCAACGAAAUCGCAGACAUACAGCUGGUGCAGAGCAACGAGGUGGGGGGAAGCUCGUACAUGGAGAAGGAGGGUCUUAUAAGAAACUUGGACCUCCUACAUGGAAGUGGUGUGAAGUUGGACUGUAUUAUCACCGAUCGUCACCCUCAGAUCCAAAAGUUCCUGCGAGAACGUAAAAUCACCCACUAUUAUGACGUAUGGCAUGUAGCAAAAGGGUUGUCAAAGAAGCUCAAACAACUUGGCAAAGACAAGGACUGUGCUUUGGUGAAAAAAUGGCACAAAAGCAUAGUAAACCACCUGUACUGGUGUGCCACAAGCUCCGUCUCCGGAACAGAGAAGGUAGCAAAAUGGAAGUCUUUGUUGAACCACAUUCAAGAUGUCCACAGUCAUUCUGAUCCAGCUUUCCCUAAGUGUUUACAUCCACUGAAGGCCUCAAAGGACCAUAGCGUGGUUUCAACCAGUGUCAUCCAGCGGUUUGCUCCCAAAAAUAUUAUUUUCCCCUUCAUUGGAAUGCUAUGCAGGUUGUACCUUGCAGCCAUGCACUUCAAUGAGAAUGCUGAGCGCCCACAAUGGAAGACAGCCAAGGGGAAACUUAUGUACAGACUUCUGUUCCCAAAGGCCAAAAGGGGAGGUUACAACGUCAAACAAGUCAAGACAGAGCCAACAAUUUGUUAUGUCUUAGACCUGAUGCGACUGGUGUUUGAGGAGAUCAUCCAUGACCCCCUUCCUUAUCUGGAUGCAGUGCAGCGGAUUCUUGUGCCCCAGGACCUGUGUGCUAAGCUUGACAGGCCUUCCAUGGACGAUGCUGUUGCUGAACAUGUGUCAUGGUUCAGUCAAGGGGGGGUCUGAACCUGACGUACUGCCCUGAAGCAUCCACAAACUCCCUCCGUAUGCGCAGCACCACACAAGAGGGGAUCACGACACGAGCACUCCUUCCAAGAAAACCCCAGCACCAGCUCACAAACGUCCUGUAGGCCAAGUGUCUGCAUUGUCUGAAAAGAGAAUAGGGUGGAAUGGAAAAGCAAACUUUUUAUCUGUUAGAUUUGAGAGUAUAAAACUGGAUGAUUGGGUUGAAAGAAAAUAAAGUUUUUCAUGUUGUUGUCUUCAUCAAA